ACAAGUCCGGGCAGAAGAGGGGUAGCGGUGGCUCUUAAGCUCUGGAGGUCUACUCCGCCCGAGGCCGCACUGUAGUUGCUGCUCCCGCCCGGCGAACUCUCUCUCCCUUCCCUGCUGCCGCUGCUACCCGCAUCCCAGGCCCCGCCGCCGCUCGCAAAGCCAGUGCGCUCGACAUGAGCCAGACACGCUGGACCGGGAAGAGAGCCGACAUGCUCCCGGAGAUCGCCGCCGCAGUGGGUUUCCUCUCGAGCCUGUUGAGGACCCGGGGCUGUGUAAGCGAACAGAGGCUGCAAGUUUUCAGCGGGGCCCUUCAAGAGGCACUCACAGAGCACUACAAACAUCACUGGUUCCCAGAAAAGCCAUCCAAAGGUUCAGGCUACCGCUGCAUCCGAAUCAAUCACAAGAUGGACCCCAUCAUCAGCAAGGUAGCCAGGCAGAUCGGACUCAGCCUACCCCAGUUAUACCGUUUGCUGCCCAGCGAGUUGACCCUUUGGGUGGACCCCUAUGAAGUGUCCUACCGAAUUGGGGAAGAUGGAUCGAUUUGUGUCCUCUAUGAGGAAGGGCCCACUCCAUCCUCUUACGGACUCCUUACUUGCAAGAACCAAAUGAUGUUGGGGCGGAGCAGCCCCUCCAAGAACUAUGUGAUGGCAGUCUCCAGUUAAAGACCCUUACUACUGCCCCCCCCCCCCAGCAAUCUACUGUAUUCAUUGAGCCGUGACAACAGGCUACUGCAUACCUCAAUUUGGGGAAUUGAAUUUUUAAAUGAAGAGUUAUUUAUAUAUAUUUUUUUUAAAAAAGAGGGGGAAAAAAAACAAAAUUAAAAAAAAAAAACAAAUAUCCUUAGUGGGAGCUGCUUGGAAGUGGCCUCCUAUGGUGCCUUUGGAAAGAAAUGUUGUGAGCCUGAGUGUCUUGAAGCCAGUAUCUGCCAAUGAGAGCUAGCAGUUUAGGGGUAUGGACCUGGUAGGAUGGAGGUGAUUGGUGGGUUUGUGGAGGUUAUAGAGUAAAAGCCUGGUCAGCACCCCAGGGAAAAUGAGAACAUGUAUGGUUAGCAACUGUGAAUGAGAAAGAUCAGGGCCUACUCUGGAUGGGAGAGGGUGCAGGAGGAUUUCAUUUUAUAGCCUCCUACACCCCCAGCCAGGGCUCCAGGAACCUGAUCCUCUUUUGCUAAGGGGCAUUCAAGCCUAAACUUUUGAAAUACUAUGAAUACUAUGUUAUCUUUCCUUUCCUUUUUUUUUCUUCUCUUUCCCCCCUCUGAUGAGAUCAUGGGCAGGAAAUAAAAGGGCAGCUUUCCUUAUUCCUCCUGCCACGAUCAACUUUUCUUAAAAUUAAGAAAUUGUCCUGAUAAUACCCUCAGGGUCUGGAAGGUUUUGACAUCCCAGCUGUGAUUUCUAAGGCUUUGGGCUUUUUAUUUAGAUUUUUUUUUAUUUGGUGAUGGAGGGUCUGGAAUAGACUAGAAGGGUAAGGAAACCUGCACAAAAUCUCCAUGUUGCUUUAUGCUGCUCUGUGUAUGUGUAUGUGUGUAUACUGAAUCCUCAAGGGGGUGAUUUGUAAUGGAAGGCUCUCGAUAGGGAAUGCUCUUUGGACAGGCAGCUUUGUCUGCUGCUCUGCUUAAGGAAACACACAAAAGUCCUGAUGAUGCUGCCAUUAUCCCUUUGAGAGGUGAACUCAAGAGCUACAGGGAACUGUAGGUCUUGUAGGACAAGUCUUCUUUUCAAAGCACAAAUCUCCCCUUUCUCUCCCUCUCCUUGUUCCUAGGCUGUCCCUACAGCUGCCCCCAUCCUUUUAGGACAAAAGUUCUCAAGCCUUGUGCAAUAUGGCCUCCUGCACCUCAGAGUGUCCUGGUGGUGGAAUGAUUCUCUAGCCCUCUUCCUGGCAUCCACAAAGAAUCUCUCCCCAAGGCCCUCUGAGAUCCAGUUGGCUAGUUUGUUUUUAGGGCGCCUCUUGCCUGAGCCCCAGUUUCUACAGGCUUUGGCAUUGUUCUCGGGCUGCCUCUAAAAACAAACCUUUGGGCAUUUACUUCUCCUUGGCACUGAGUGCCUGCCAGUAGAAGAAGAGGAUCUUUUCUCUAAAUGUGACUCCAAUCCGUUAGUAAAAUUGUGCAAUAUUUACUGUUCUUGGUUGGGGAGAAAAAAGUGAUGCACUAAGAAAAGGGUAUCCCUCCUCCUCAUCCCAGCCAUGGGAGUAAGGGGGAGGGCUGAGAAGGCUUCAGGUCUCCCUGAUCAGAACACCCUGGGAUGGAUGCAGCUGGAGCAUCUGGUCAGCUUUGGCUAAGCUCCUGUUUCUAGGGCUUAGUAAAAAAAUAAAAAUCCCUCUCCCCCCACCCCUUUCUGUGGAAGUCUCUCCCCAGCUUUCUUUUUCCCCUUUGGAUUUCCCAAGCUGCUCUAUUCCUUGAUUCAUAAGGUGCUAAUAACCAAACACUCUCCCUACUCUCUCAUUCUAAUCCUGCCCCCUUUGUGACUGCACCAAAUUUUGUGCCAGCUUCUAGAUCCUGCUUCGAGUAUUAAGUUCAACUGAAAGUUAAUUCUUAAUCCAUAGAGCAGGGAAUUGAUUCCUUGACCUGUGGGAUGGGUAGAAACAACAAACAGCUGUGAAUCACUGUGGAAUAUGUCCUUGCCUCUGACUGCACACAGGACCCUGCCAUUUGUGGUCUCUUAAAGUAGUUUCUCUCUUUUUUUCUUCCUUGAUAUUUACUUUUGAAAAACAAGAUCUGAGAGCUAGACUGUUGAGCAGGACUGGUUCUCAUAUUAAGUAAAACAUGGUAGUGAGUUUGUAAGCUAUUCCGACAGAGGGGACAAAGGUUACUAAUUGUAUAUUGUAUAGUGUUUUUAUAUGAAAGAAUGUACAGCUCUAUUGAUAAAUGUACACCUUUUUGUUACUUUAAUAAAAAUGUAGCUGUUUUA